AUGUCCGAUUCUGAUGAAUCGAUAGACUCGGUAGAAUUGGAGCAUUAGAUGUUAAUUGAUUAAUAUAAGGAUUUGCUUAAGGAAUUGAAUGAAUUACAAUAGCAGAAUUAGAUAAAACCAAAGAAGCAGGAAAUCUCAAUUGAGAAUUUUGAAAUGCAAUGGAAGCAGUUAUUGGAAACCAAAAAGUCAUUAGAGGAUAAAAUAGGCCAAAUACAUUGCUAAUCUCAAGUUAAAUAAGAAGAAUUAGAGGAUUACUAGGAUAAAUUGUUAAUCGUGAAAGAGUAAAUAUCUAAGCAGAAUAAAGAAUUAUAGGAGAAGGAAUAAUUAGUGAAGUUGUUGUAAAAACAACUAAAAGAUAUGUGA